AAAAACCCGCCGGGAGCGGACGCAGCGGACGGACUGGAUCCCUGGAUCCCUGGCUUACGCGCUGAGUCACCUCCGGGGCCACCUGAUUAUUCGAUGAAGAACCUGUCCACCAGGCUCCGGUCCUGCCUGUCCUUGUCUGGACUCUACCGCCUUGUAAGAACGUCCGCCCUGCGGUCUACGCCGCCGUUGCAUUGCGUUUUACGCCUCUAUCCUUUGCCCUUGUCCAUUGGCUCCUCUGUCCCGCUGUUUUCCAUUCGUUGCGCGUGUGCGUUCGCAGCAUUUCGACGUCAUUAUGGCGCUCUCUGCAUGGCUUUUAAAAUUUCGUUGUUCUCUUUACCGGCUUACUCCCGGUGGAUUACUAGGUAGCCAAGCCCCCCCCCAUUUGGCCACAUUUAAGACCACUUAAUUAAGCACACCCGGCAUGGCACGCGGAUACCGCGUUCGUCGCGAUAGGGCUGAUGUGGCUGGAGCUGUGUGGUUAAA